AUGGUUGCAAUAUAUGAUAAAGAUAUCUACAAAUCUGGAAAUAUUUUAAAUAAUUUAUAUGGAAGCUGCGAUACAAAAGCAAAUGUGAGUUUAACAGAUUUUAAUUUUUAUGAAACAGAAAAAAGGGAAUUGAAUUGCAUUGAAAUAUCACCAUGCAAAAAAUAUAUGAGUAUAUCUGAUUCUUUUUGUAAAAUAUAUAUAUAUAAAAUUUUAAAAAAUGAGUUUUUAUAUAUAUUAAAAAUUGAUAUUUAUUGUUCUAGUACAAUAAAAUCCAUUAUGUGGAUUAGCAAAAAAAAUAAAAAAGACUUAUUUAAGGACAAUGAAUUUAAUGAUUAUUUAUUAGCUAUUUCAACAUUAUGUGGAAAUAUAAUUUUUUAUGAUUUAGAAAAUAAAAGCAUAGUUCAUAAUAUUUUAUCAAAUGGAAGUAUAAGUUGCUGUAAAUUAAAUAAUAGCUUGCAAUAUUUUGGAUUAAGCAAUUUAAAUGGAUAUUUUUACUUAUAUAAUAUUUAUAGAAAUGAAGAAAAUACUAUUUAUAAUUGUUUUGAUAAAUUUUAUGAAGAUUAUAAUGAACAAAAUAAUCUAGAUUCAUAUUCACAAAAUAAAAAAAUAAAAUUAUCCAACGAUCUUUCUUCAUAUUUAAAAGAUGACAGUAAUGAUAUAAAAAAAAAUUACUGUAACAAACUUCUAAAUAAUGAUUUUGUGAAUGGAAAAGAAAAUGAUAAUUCAGUGAAUGUUUUUAACAUUUACAUCAAAAAUAAAUUUAAAUGCAAAGAAAAAUUAGUUUGCAUUUACUUCAUGGACAUAUUGAAGAAAAGAAGUCUUUUAUUAGAAAAAUUGAAUGAUUUAAAAAAAAAAAUAGAUAAAAAGAAAAGAAAAAGUAUAUGCAAUACAAAGAGCGGAGAAGACGAAGAUGAAAAUGAAGAAAAUAAUUGUAAUGGCAAAGAAAAAUAUAUUAAGAAAAAAAAUAAAGAAAAAAAGAAAUUAAAAAAAAAAAUCAAUUCAAUUGAAAAGUCAUAUGAUAGUUAUAAUCAUUAUGUAUUAUUGGGAAGUGAAAAUUCGAAAAUAUAUAAAUAUAAUUUGUCUAACAAUAAAUGUGUUGGUGAAUUUAUAAGUAUGAAUAAAAAUUGUGUUAUAUGGGAUAUUAUGUAUAUAUAUAAAACAGACGAAGUUGUAUGUGUUGAUAAUAAUGGCUCUUUAAUUAUUUUUGAUAACAAAUCAUAUUCAAUUAAGUAUCAUUUUAAUAAUCAUAACUAUAAAUCAAUAUCUUUAACUAAGCCAUUAAACGAAGAGAAUAUAUAUUCAGCAGGAAUAGACCGUUAUAUAAUAAAAUAUUCGUUAACUAAUUCAGAAGACAGAGAUAAUAUGAAUAAUUAUCAUUAUAAUAAUAAUGAAGAUGAAGAUGAUUUCUUUGAAGAGCAUGAUUUAAAAAAAUUGUUUUUUUUUGAUAAGAUAAAAUUAUUUAGAAAAUUAAAUAGAAAAUGGUAUUUUAUUAAUAAACAAUCAGCUCAUAUUUCUGAUAUAAAAAAAAUUGUCUGUUUAAACUAUAAUUAUCUUUUAAGUAUAAGUGACGAUUUAACUUUUUGUGUUUAUGAUGUAAGCAGAAGUCGAAAGAAAUAUUAUUCUAUUAGAAAUAUUGCUAAUAAUAAAAAUGUAAUUUUCUCUUCAAAUUUAAAGAGUAUUUUAUGUGUUUAUUCAAAGGAGAUUAGCAUAUAUUAUAACAAUCAUUAUAUAACUAGAAACAAAAGAAGCGAAAAAAUAAAUUAUAAUGAUAUUUCUUAUGUAAAUCCAUCUAAUUACAAAUAUAUAGCCAAUAUUACUUAUGAGAAAAAUGAAUUAAUAAAUAUAUGCAAUUUAAAUAAAAGAUCUAAUAAAAUAGCAUGCUUAACUAACAGAAACUUUAGUUUAUAUCAUUUUAAUAUAGAUUCAAUAAGUAUUUUUAAUUAUGAUAUAUCUAAUAUCAAUUUUUUUAAAGUUUAUGAUUUUACAUUUUUAAAUAAUAAUUUAAUUAUUAUUUCUUUAAUUCGCCAAAACAAAAAGAACAAUAAUGAAGAAGAAAUAAAAAGUGAAAAUAAUAAUUUGAUUGAAAAUUACAGCAAAGAUAAAAUAGAUACAUCAAAUAAAAUACUUAAGAAAAAUGAUGAACAAUUAUAUAUUAUCUCUAACAAUAAUAUAAAUGAAAAUUUAAAUAUGUAUCAAAACAAUUUUAGUUACCAUAUAGUAAUAUAUAAUAUAAAAAAAAAAACAGUUAAAGAGGAUAUAAAAGUUGCUAAUAUUUUAUGCAAUUUCAAGAAGCAUAAAAAAGGAUUAGUAAUAUGUUCAGAUUAUAUGAAAAAUAUUUAUUUAUUUUUUAAAAAUUCUAAAAUGUUUUUAAAAAAUAGAAUAGUUCUCAAUAAUUUCAACUUGAACGAAGAAAAUUCUUAUCGUAGCUACCUAUUUUAUAUUGUCAUUGAGGAUUUUCUUUUUAUUUUUACAUUAGAGAAUUCUAUAUAUAUAUAUACCAUUGACUUUGAUUUAAAUAAAAUAAAUUACCUUAAAAAAAUAUUUAUUGAAAAGUAUCACUUUAAUGAAUUCAAUGAAAUUACCUUAUUAAAUUUAAAAACACACACAAAAAUGCAUAAUAUAGGAAAAAUAGCAGAAAAAGAAAAAGUAACAUUGAAAAAGAAAAACAAAAUGGCGAAUCAAAGUUACUUAAAAUAUAAUUAUUGUCUAAUUUUAAAAAGUCAUAACAAAGUAGAAUUAGUUGGAUUAAAUAUAUUUGAUGAUUCUAUUGUUGAAAUAAAAGUAUCAAAUGUGCAUAAUUUGUUAUCUCUAAAUAAUAAUACAUUUGAUCAAUAUUAUAUAUCGUCUUUAACUUUUAAAUAUAACUUUUUAAAUUUAAAACAAAUGUAUUUUCAAGAUACAAACAUUUAUUCUAUGAUUGAAAAAGAAAUAAAAAAAAGAAGUAUAAAAAGUGAUAAACAGGACUUAAACAAUACAAGCAAAAUAAUUGAAGAAAAAAAAGAUAUUCAUAUAGUUCCAGAUAAAAAUAUGUUUGAUAUAUUUAAUCUUUCCUUUAAAAAGUUGACUGAAUUAAAAAAAAAAAAUAUAAUUAAUAUUCAUUUUGUAUAUACUAAUGAGAAUAAUAUAAUUAUAUUAAUUUGUAUUCCUAAAAAUAUUGAUAAUAACUUAAUUAAUGUAGCUGAUACAAAAAAAUAUGCUUCUUAA